AUGACCACAGAGACCCCUCAACAGCAGCUGGAUCCUCCUCUUAGAUCAAGCCCAUCCACAGGAGUCUUGCACCCCACCAUGCUGAGUCCUCAAGCCGCUUCAGAAAGUGCCUCCGUGGUCAAGGGGAAGAAGUCCAGCUCGGGGCUGCGGCGGCCAGAGAAGCCCCCCUACUCCUACAUCGCUCUCAUCGUGAUGGCCAUCCAGAGCUCCCCGAGCAAGAGGCUGACUCUCAGUGAGAUUUAUCAGUUUCUUCAGGCGCGGUUCCCCUUUUUCCGCGGCUCGUAUCAGGGAUGGAAGAAUUCCGUGCGCCAUAACUUAUCACUGAACGAGUGCUUUAUCAAGCUGCCCAAAGGCCUGGGCCGUCCCGGUAAGGGCCACUACUGGACCAUCGACCCCGGCAGUGAGUUCAUGUUUGAGGAGGGCUCGUUUCGGCGCAGACCCCGGGGCUUCAGGAGGAAGUGUCAGGCUCUCAAGCCCAUGUACCGCAUGAUGAAUGGCAUCGGGUUUGGUGCCUCCAUUCUGCCCCAGAGCUUUGACUUCCAGCCUCAGUCCAGUCUCUGCGCCAGUAACAGCUACGGCCUGGACAUGAUGAACGGCUCCAUGAGCGGAGGAUACGACCACCAUGUGGCCCACGUGGCCCACAUGUCCCCGAGCCCCGGGUCCACGUACAUGGCCAGUUGUCCAGUGCCGCCCAGUGGUGACUACGGCGCGGACAGCAGCAGCAGUCCAGUGCCCUCCUCCCCGGCCAUGGCCAGUGCUUUGGACGGUCACUCUCCCUACACCAGCUCCUCCGCGCACUGGGCUUCCUCCAGCGGCUCUCCGUACAUCAAGCAGCAGCCUCUGGCCUCCAGCAGCCCCGCAUCCUCAACGCUGCACUCAGGGAUGUCGCCCUACUCUUUGGAGCAGAGCUACCUCCACCAGAACCGAGACAGCCACAGCGACAUUUCAGUGGGCAUCCCUCGUUACCAGAGCCACUCCUCCGUCUGCGACAGGAAGGACUUUGUGUUGAACUUUAACGGCAUCUCUUCCUUUCACCCUUCGGCAUCGAGCUCUUACUACCACCACCACCACCACCAUCACCCCCAGAGCGUGUGCCAGGACGUGAAGCCAGUCCUAAUCCGUGAGGCCGAGCAGCAGCAGCAGCAGCAGCAGCAGCAGGAGCAGCAGGAGCAGCAGGAGCAGCAGCAGCAGCAGCAGCAGCAGGAGCAGCAGGAGCAGCAGGAGCAGCAGCAGGAGCAGCAGCAGCAGCAGCAGCAGCAGGAGCAGCAGGAGCAGCAGCAGCAGCAGCAGCAGGAGCAGCAGGAGCAGCAGGAGCAGCAGCAGCAGCAGGAGCAGCAGCAGCAGCAGCAGGAGCAGCAGGAGCAGCAGGAGCAGCAGCAGCAGCAGGAGCAGCAGGAGCAGCAGGAGGAGCAGGAGUAG